ACCUGCCUCAGUGGAUGUCCUUCUCACAAACCUCAUCAAGGGGAAUCUGCUUCCCUCUGCUCUUGUGUGGAUCACCUCCCGACCAGCAGCAGCCAAUCAAAUCCCUCCUGAGUGUGUUGACCAGGUGACAGAAGUCCGGGGUUUCAAUGACCCACAGAAGGAGGAGUACUUCAGGAAGAAAAUCACAAAAAAGGAACUGGCCAGCAGAAUCAUCACACACCUGAAGUCUUCCAGGUGCCUCUACAUCAUGUGUCACAUUCCAGUCUUCUGUUGGAUGUCAGCCACUGUUCUGGUGUACAUCCUGACUGAAGCAGAGAGUGGAGAGAUUCCAACGUCUUUGACUCAAAUGUACACACACUUCCUGAUCAUACAAACCAAACACAGGAGUCAGAAGUAUGGAAACCGUGAUGCGGAUGCACUCCUGAAGACCAUUCUGUCCCUGGGCAAACUGGCUUUUCAGCAGCUGGAGAAAGGCAAUCUGAUCUUCUAUGAGGAGGACCUGAGAGAGUGUGGCAUUGAUGUCACAGAAGCAUCAGUGUACUCAGGGAUGUGUACUGAGAUCUUCAGAGAGGAGGCUGGGAUGUACCAGGGGAAGGUGUUCUGCUUCGUUCAUCUGAGUAUUCAGGAGUUUCUAGCAGCUUUAUAUGUGUUUUUGCACUUUAGCGAGAGAGACAGCAAUAUGCCUGACCAACACCAAACCUCUCAGCUUUAUUCACUGCUCAGGGCUAACAAACAUCAUGACAUACACCAGACUGCAGUGGACCUGGCCUUAAGGAAUAAGAAUGGACACCUGGACCUUUUCUUAAGGUUUCUUCUGGGCCUCUCACUGGAGUCCAAUCAGAAACUCUUACAAGACCUGCUGCCACAGACAGGAGCAGCUCACUGA